CUAUCCCCAUUGCCAAUGAAUACCUGUAUCAGGUAAAAGGAGGCGGGGCUGUUUGUAAUUCUAAAGCAGCUGUAACUUUCAGGUUUACUGUUAGAAUAGACGCUGAUUGAAUGCAGACGCACACUGAGACAUGGAGUUAAAAAUCUGCAACAGAUAUCAUCUGCCCGAGGAUAGAUCUCCACAUAGAUGUCACAUUAGAAGAGGAUUCAUUUUCCUAAUUAUAUUGACAUUCUUACUGUCACUUGUUGUGUACAUCUCUGAUGUCUCUCACAUGCUACCUUCGACCUCUAGCACUUUAUAUAAAAACAUGGUUAAACAGAUAAAGUUGUAUUAUGAAGUAAUUCCCUUCGAAUUCCCUUUUGCGCGUCAAACUCAAACUCAACAAAGGAGUACUACACAAAAUACACCCACAGUAAACUCUGUGCAUUAUCACGUAGCUUAUCCGUACAACUAUCAUUUCAUCCUGGAUGAACCUGAGAAAUGUCUCCAGCAGAACCCAUUCCUGGUCUUGAUGGUCCCUGUGGCCCCCCAUCAACUGAAGGCUCGGAACGCAAUCCGGAGCACGUGGGGAAAUGAGACCACGGUCCGUGGAAAAACAGUGCUGACUUUGUUCAUCGUGGGUUUGCGUGAUGGACCCAGUAGUAAUGAAACACAACAACAGCUACAGGAGGAGAGCCGACAACAUGGAGACCUACUGCAAAGCAACUUCAUGGACUCGUACGUCAACCUGACCAUAAAGACGAUGGUAAUCAUGGACUGGUUGGCCACUCGCUGCCCUCAAGCGUCUUUUGCUAUGAAGGUCGAUUCUGACAUGUUUUUGAACCUGGAGAAUUUGAUGAGCCUCCUUUUGGCCCCUAAAACACCCAAACAGAAUUAUAUCACGGGCAUGGUAAUGAGAGGCCAAACUGUGAUCAGAGACACAAACUCAAAAUGGUACGUGCCAAAGGAGCUGUACCCAGAACCACACUACCCCGUAUACUUGUUGGGAAUGGGAUAUGUUUUCUCCAACGAUCUUCCACCCAAAAUAGUUGAGGCUUCCAAGGAGAUAAAGCCUUUCAACAUAGAGGACGCAUAUGUGGGUGCUUGUCUUAAGCGUUUAGAAAUUCAACCCUCGAUGCCCCCAGUCCCUUCUCAAUUCAGAGCCUAUUUAAAUAAGUAUAACCGGGAUGAGUUUCUCAAGGUCAUUACAACAAUCCUGAAUUCUCCUCAGCAACUACUUGAUUUCUGGAAGGAUGUUAAACGGUCUGCAUGAAGAGAAUCACAUACAUCACAUCACGUAUGAGUUUUGUCUGUUUGAAUUGUUGAUGUGACGCUUGUCUAUACUGUGUAUCAGUUACAUUUAUGUAAAACCGUAGAGCGGUUUUAAACAGGUUUUGUCAUUUUUUAUACAUUUGUGUGUUUAAGCAAACAUUUAAGCUACGUUUAUGCAUUUUGCAGACACUUUUAUCUAGGUAUUUAUCCGUAUGUGUGUUCCCUGGAGAUCAAACCUACGACCGUUCUGCUGCUAACGGAAUGGUCUUUCGGUUGACCUGUAGGAACAGUGACAAUGUUUGAUGGACUUUUUAGAUAGAUAAACAUUAAUGUGCAACGUUGUUACAUCUGAAUAUGCUAAGGAAACUCAAAUAAUGCAAAUUAUGUAUUUAUUUAUUAUUGUACACAAGGAUUUCUUUGUUUUUGUGAGGUGGGCUCUAAAUGUAUGACACAUGAAAAUGUUGAUAGUUUUCAGUUGCGUGACGCACAAAGGUGUUGGAUGGCAAGAAAGUUAACAUUGGGCUCUUCAUACAGUAGAGAGGCAGCUCAAGCAGGUUCAUUUUCCAUCUGUUUCAAGCUACGAAUAUUUAAAUUUAAACCUCUCAACAAAUAAAAAUAAGAUAUGAAAACUGAUUGGAAAAAAUUUCUUGUUGCACUUUAUUAAAAAAAAGUUUAAUCAACUUGAUCAACUUCAAAUUAAUUUAAACAUUUUUGGCUAGAUCUAAAUUGCUGUAUAAAUUAAAAAAAUAAAGUUGAAAAAAUAAAGUUAAAGGAAUAGUCUACUCAUUUUCAAUAUUAAAAUAUGUUAUUACCGUUCAUGAUAAAAGAAUCGCUCACGUUCACAAAAUACACGCAAGACACUCCUUUAAUAGUAAACUCUGAUUACGCAUGAGAUUAUGCAAACGCAAGCGUCUUUUUUAUUAUAAACUCUUUAGACGUGUCUGCAGCAGGCACUUAUUUUGACAAAAUACGUGAUGCACAUAGGUUCACUUCGCGCGCCGAACACAUAUUUUGAAAUGACGAACCUACAUACAUGUUGCGACGAACUUCGCAUUGUGCGCCUUCGAAAAAAAAGUCACUGGCCGCCACUGCAAGAAAGUUGAAAUUAAUUGUAAAUUAAAGUUGAUUAAACAUAAAAAUUAAUUUUUUUUACAGUGUACAACUUUUGGGCACUUGCGAUCUAUACAAUGCACCUGAUUUCGUAUUUUUUAGUCCCUUAAACUGUUCCUCCAAUUUGGCAAUGUUUGCAUAUAUUUAGUGGAAAAUUUCUCGCCUUAUACCGCCACCAGGAUUCAAUUUAUAUAAAUUUUAUAUUAUAUUGUAUUAUUUAUUAAAGGGACACCAUGAAACUUUUUGGCCACUAGGGGGUGCUAGACACGUAUUUUUCACUUCUAGCGCCCCUAGAGCCCACAAGCGCCGCAGCACUGUCGCAAAGGAAAGGAACUGGCCAACCUUAAAACUAAACUAAAAACUAAACAUUUAAAAUGCUAAACGAUCAACAUUUUGAGACAACAGGGAGAAACGCAGUCAUGUUACAACUUUCUGAUGAGGAACUCGUCGUGGCAGAAGCCAUUUCUCAAUCUGAAGGUUGCAGCCUCCGGAUGUCGUAUUUCUAAGCUGUAUACGUCAUCAAGACUGUCUUAUUUCACAAUAUUAACAAUUACAAAGUUGACUAUUAUACUUAGUUAAUCGUAAAUUGUUGCAGUAUGCUUAUGACUUGCGAAUGUAAUGCUCAGUUUACCUUAAUAAACCAGGCUUGAUGACGUAUGCAGCCUGCAUAUUUGACCUCCGGAGGCUGCAGCCUUCCAAUUCAGAAACGACCAGACG